AUGGCGUCUUUGCCGUUUAUUUAUCUCCAAUUUGCCUUCUGUUUAGUUCUUACCCUUGGCUCGAUCGCAGCUGGCAAGAAUUGUGAGACCCUAGACGGCAAAUGGUAUAAUCAGUUGGGAUCUGAGAUUUACAUAGAGCAUGAUGAAAAUGGAAAACUCUGGGGCGAAUACAGGACUGCUCAGGAGAGAUUCAAUGGAUCUGCGGGCCCUAGUCACUCUGUCAUUUUUGGUAGGUACCUUUAUAUUUCAUUAUUCAAGCCACUGCAAUCCUGAGUCCUCAAUUGAACGGGGUUUUGUCAUGCAAUUUAAUAAUCUUUAUGUAGUUAACUGAAUGUUCUGAAGCUUAAAUCUGAAUUCUUUAAGAAUGUUGAAUACCUUAAAAGGCUGGGAAAAAUUCAGGGCAUGUGCUAGGGACCAUGGAAUCACGCGCUGCUUUCGUGAAGGUCACAGGUUCAAUACAUUGUAUCCACCAGUAAUCUACAUUGCAAAUCCUGGACUGUGAACAGAGACAAAGUGCUGUUUUUUUUUUAAAGACUAAAUAACUACAGUGCAUACUAAGUCACAUGUAACACGAAAGAUCUUGAUCAUUUCCAACCUAUAGGGUAUGAUUAUUGUUUUCCCUAUAGUGUGUCUGUUUGUUUAAUUGCAUACAUAAGAGAAGUCUACCUUAAAAUCUAAACACUGACCAACAUCAAUUUUCUCCUAAUAAAUCAAUAGAUGGUCAAGAGAAAGGUUUAUGAGAAUUAUUAAAAUGAUCACCAAAAGAAAACGCCUUGAUCUUUUGUCAAAUUCUCUCAACGAAUUCUUUAAAGAAAAUUACUGAGAUUAGAUUGGAGAAUCUUCAUCUGGCUUAAGGUUAGAUAAAGUACUCACAUCACAUGUUGCCUACUGAACAUAAUGUUUAUGGUGGCACAGGUGCUAGGACAUGUUUUACAUGUAAAUCACAUGCUUCAUACAGGAGCUUGCUUGACACUUACAUGUAUCCUGUACCUGCUGGUCCAUGAAUAAAAAUACCUUAAAUCUUCCAUUAAGCCCCCUCCCGGGGGGCUUAUUUAUUUCAAGCCCAUUUGAAGGGGUGUUUGGGGGGGGGGGGGGGGGGAUAAUAGAGACAAGGGGUGGGGUGGCUUACAUGUAUUUAAUCAAGAAAGGAGGAUGGUAUCAGCUCUCCCUAAAGGACUAGAGUACAAAGUGGAGAAGCUCAAGUGCAAGAAGGUUGGAGGUCAUGCACCUGAGGAUCAGAAUCAAAUCCUAACUUCCAGUUGGUAAAUAAACCAUCCUGGAUCAGUCCAUACACAGUUUUACAGUCGUGAUUGAUUAAUACAGUCCUUGCUUUGUUAGUGAAGAAGGAUUAGGGAAGGGGGAGGAGGGGCAUAAUAGAGAGGGUGGCUUAUUAACUUUUUUAACCCUGAAAAGGGGUGGGGGGGGGGGGAACUCAUUAGAGGGAGAAGGCUUAUUUGAGAAGGGGGGCUUAAUAGAGGAUUUACAGCAAUGUUCAUUUAUUUGCUGCAUUUGUAGAGUUUUUGUUUACUUUUGCUUUCUUUGGAAAAGCCUUUUAAAGAACUUGUAAUUCAUCAGUUGAUGGUUAUGACUUAAAUUGGAUGAAAUAUUCUGCUUUGACAGGAGCAACACCUUAUGACUACAAAGGGGCAUCAUUUGCUUUCUCUGUAGUCUGGAGGAAUGGUUCAUCAACAACCGUGUGGACUGGUCAAUGUCUUGUGUGCAGUGAUGGGCAUGAAAAGCUUCUUACCUCUUGGCUGUUGCGUUCCAAGGUAAAUACCUGCAUAGACAAGUGGAAGUCAACUAUGAUUGGUCGAGACACCUUCACUAGAUACGAACAGCGUGAUGGUCCUCGCAAACCAAAUGCAUCCAUUCCAGAAACCCCGGUAACUAUUGAGAAAACAAUUAAGACCUCGGACCCUGAAGUCAAAAAUAAAUCUUGCAGCUUAAACGGUGUUUGGUAUAAUCAUUUGGGCUCUGAGAUGAUUUUGACCCAAAAAGAUGAUAAUACUAUUGAAGGAGAGUAUCGCACUGCUGUUGAGCGGGAAACUGGAGCAGCUGGAACAAGCCAUUCUAAAGUGUUCGGAAUCGGACAGCUAGGAGGCCCGAGCAGCACUUUUUCUUUCUUUGUUGUCUGGAGAAAUGGGGCGUCUGUGACUGGAUGGGUGGGUCAAUGUCACAUUUGCGGUGAAAAUAAGACUGAGAUUAUUGAAACUGGCUGGUUGUUGAACAGUAACAUAGAAAAGUGCAGUGAUGACUGGAAAUCAACACUAUUUAACCAGGAUAGCUUCACUCGCACUGAACAGAACCCUGGGCCAAGGAAGAGAGAUAAUACUCAUGUUCCAGACAGAAGUGGAAACAAAGCACAGCCCAAGGCCUGUGAUGGGUGCAAGCAUCACCUUACCUACACUCUCUUCAGUUUGAGUGUGAUCAUUUCUGUUUUACAUAUGCAUAUUUACUGGUAACAGGUUCAUGUUCAUCAGGACCUGGUUUCUGGAAAUAUGGUAAAGUCGAACUCACUAGCCAAAUUGUAAGCAAUAAUUUCUCUUCAUCUACAGUGUAGGAGCAUUCAAUUGGAGGUUUAAAAAGGCAAUUUUGUGCCUAAAAAUAGCAAAGAAAACCAGUUUUUCGCAACGCAACAUCAAGCUGAUCUUCUGAACAGUUCUUAAGGAAGAUCAAUAGCAUUUUUGAUUAACGUUUUAAUCCUGAAUUAGCACUAAAAAUCGACCAUACAGGAACCAGGCCUUGAGCUCUGAUAAUAGUAUUUAUGCACUAUAUUAUGUAUGGGUGGUGAAGGGUAGAGUUGUAGGAAAUUGUUAAUCUCUUAAGAAUAAAUGUGGAUCUGAUCCUGAAAGCUCAGAACAACUGUAAUGAGUUUCCAAGUCUUUAUACAUUUUCCUCCUGUUCCAGAGUCUCGAAGGUACAUUGUAUAAUUAUUGCAGCAAAGUCUUGAAUUUUUGAACAAGUCUUGGUGUCUGAAAAAGUCUUGGGUUUCACAAUCCCAAUCCCUUCAUAUGCACACAAAACUGAAGUUUUUUCUGCUGGUAGAAUGGGCUGCCCUGGCAUAGCAUAAUGACUGCUGAGUAUUCAUACUUUUCAGUGGCAGGGUUCCUGUGUGGUUCCAUUACUAACAGAAAAAAUAUUUUCUGUGUCAGCAGUAAAUGUGUGGAAUAAUAUAACAGCUGUAUAGUACUUAGUACUAUUGUAGGGUAACGGUAGCAUUAGUAACUUAUUUUUAGCCUGGAAGGAACAGUGAAUGAGCCAUAGUUUAUUGUGUCCUCAUUCAGAAGUUUCAGAACUUAUAGAGAUCAGUUAUCCACUUGAACAACGCUCGAUUUG